AGCGAGGGCACGUCAACAGCUAUGGCGGAAGGGGAAGAGGCGCUGCCGAGCAGCUGGGAAAAAGACCUUGAAGAAGCUCUAGAAGAAGGCGGUUGUGACCUUGAAACAGUAAGAAACAUAAUUCAAGGGAGACUACUGCCUGCUGAUUUGAGGGCCAAAGUCUGGAAGAUUGCACUGAAUGUUGUAGGAAAAGGGGACAGUCUGGCAUCGUGGGAUGGUUGUUUAGAUCUACCAGAACAGAGCAUAAUUCACAAGGAUUGCCAAGAGCUAAUUGAACAGCUGUCAGUGCCAGAAGAAGAGAAGUCAGUAUUACUUUUGGAUAUUGAGUCCGUUACUACCUUUUAUUGUAAAUCGCGUAAUGUUAAAUACAGUUCCUGCCUCGGUUGGAUACAUCUACUGAAGCCACUGGUGCAUCUUCGAAUUCCACGUAGUGAUUUAUACAACUGCUUUUAUGCUAUCAUGAACAAGUACAUUCCUAGGGAUUGUUUCCAGAAGGGGAGACCAUUUCAUCUAUUUAGGCUUCUCCUCCAGUAUCAUGAGCCUGAACUCUGCUCCUUUCUUGAUACUAAGAAGAUGACACCGGAUUCGUAUGCACUCAACUGGCUUGGAAGCCUCUUUUCAUAUUACUGCUCAGCUGAAGUCACUCAGGCAAUAUGGGAUGGAUACCUACAACAAGCAGAUCCAUUUUUUAUUUAUUUCUUAAUGUUAAUCAUCCUUGUCAAUGCAAAAGAUGUUAUUUUAACACAAGAAUCAGACAGCAGAGAAGAAAUGAUAAGAUUCCUAGAAACUUCCCCAGCCAGUUUGGAUAUAGAAGAUAUAGAAGACCUUUUCUCUUUGGCACAAUAUUAUUCUAGUAAAACUCCAGCUUCUUUCAGAAAGAACAACCACAGUCUCUUUGGCAGCAGCUUGUUGGGACUCAAGGAUGACGACACAGACUUGAGCCAAGCUCUCUGUCUAGCAAUUUCAGUAUCUGAGAUUCUUCAAGCAAAUCAGCAACAAGGGGAAGGAGUAAGGUUCUUUGUAGUGGAUUGUCGUCCUGCGGAACAAUACAAUGCUGGGCAUUUAUCAACAGCAUUUCACCUAGACUCAGACUUGAUGCUCCAGAACCCAUCAGAGUUUGCACAGUCUGUAAAAUCCUUGUUAGAAGCACAGAAGCAAUCCAUUGAGUCUGGCUCCAUAGCUAGUGGGGAGCACCUCUGUUUCAUGGGAAGUGGCAGGGAAGAGGAGGACAUGUAUAUGAACAUGGUGUUGGCACACUUUUUACAGAAAAACAAGGAAUAUGUAAGCAUUGCCAAAGGCGGAUUCAUGGCACUCCAGCAGCACUUAGCAGACAUCAAUGUGGAAGGACCCGAAAAUGGAUAUGGCCACUGGAUUGCUAGUACCUCAGGCUCAAGAAGUAGCAUAAACUCCUCUGUUGAUGGUGAUUCUCCUAAUGGUUCAAGUGAUGGAAAAGGAGUCAAGUCCUUGGUAAAUAAAAUGACUGUUGCUUUGAAGACUAAAUCUGUGAAUGUGAAAGAAAAAGUUAUUAGUUUUAUUGAAAAUACAUCAACUCCUGUGGACAGAAUGUCUUUCAAUCUUCCCUGGCCAGACAGAGCAAGCAUGGAGCGACAUGUUAGCAGCAGUGACAGAUUGGGAAAACCCUACCGUGGUGUAAAACCGGUAUUCAGCAUUGGAGACGAAGAAGAAUAUGAUACUGAUGAAAUUGAUAGUUCCUCAAUGUCGGAUGAUGACCGAAAAGAGGUAGUCAACAUCCACACAUGGAUAAAUAAACCAGAUGUGAAGCAUCAUUUCCCCUGUAAUGAAGUGAAAGAAAAUGGACACAUGUUUCCUAGUCAUCUCUUAGUAACUGCAACACACAUGUACUGUUUGAGGGAGAUUCCAUCACGAAGGGGAUUGGCUUACAUACAGUCUCGUCAGGCCCUAAACUCUGUAGUUAAAAUUACAUCCAAGAAGAAACACCCAGAACUAAUCACCUUUAAAUAUGGAAACAGCAGUACUUCGGGCAUAGAAAUUUUGGCAGUUGAAAGGUAUUUGAUUCCAAAUGCAGGUGAUGCUACCAAAGCCAUAAAACAACAGAUAAUGAAAGUUCUGGACGCGUUGGAGAACUAA